GGUUCGUCAAAAUUGGUAACCCACAUCGGGUUGUAAGAGACAUAAAUUGACAAAAUGUCAUCGUCAAAGUAUCGUUUGUCAUAUUAUGUCUUGAUGAAUUGUUUAAACGACAAAUUGGUUUGUCACAAUAGAGCACCAUAAGCCCUCGCCGAUCUGACCAAAUUUAAUGUUGGUCAUAAUAUAGUGGUCUCGAGAUGUGACAGUGGCAUUUCGUCAUACUUGGUGUUUUUAGGCUGCAACCUCUUUUCCUCGAUCGGGAGAACAAUUAUACUCCUUUUUCCUUGUCUCUUCAAAUUGCGCAGUCCAUCAAAAUCCAAAGAACCCGACCACCAUCAAUAUUCCAACGACCUCGAUCCUUUACCCGUCCUCCACCAAUCGGGCCGGCCACUCUCCGGCGGGAUUUCCGUCGUCGUAGCUGUUCCACCAAUCGCCCCGUCACCACCGCAGUUCAAAGAUCCCCAAUCUCUAAAACCUAAAUUUCUUUACGGAUUGGAGAGCAAACUCGCUGGUCUUUCUCCCUCCCUCGUUUCCCAUAGCAAACUCGCUAGUCUUAGAAAUAGGUAAGCGUCAUCCCUCCUUCCCGUGGCUACUGUGUAAUGCUAAUUUAGCUUAAGACUAUUCUGGUGGUUUAUCUAUCUGAAUGAGCUCUUGUGUUUCCUUGUCAUUGACUCGGUGGCAGGUGCUGCUUAUAUCUUCGAUCCUUCAACCAUCCAGUUGUGCUAAUUAGAAUAGAGAGAAGGCGCCCCAAGCACUAAGCAAAAGUAAGAUUCGAUUAAUGUAUUCAAAUUUUUUGACAUUCAGAGAAAUCGUGUAAGUCAACUGGUUCCUAAUGGUUUGUCAUAUACCCUCUGCAGAUCCUUUUCUAGUUCAUCUCACGCUGUGCUUCCAUCUUGACCAACUGCCUAUAAAGGGAAGGUCAGUUUCUUUACGCACAGAUUGAAUGAGUAGAAAUUGGAUUAAGCUUAAGGAUAGGUUUUGUGAUGAAUAUCAAAUGGGGGUUUCUGAGUUCAUAGGGGCUGCCAGCAAACAUGUUGAUACGCUAGGUAGAACUAGAUGCCCUUGUAAAAGGUGCAAUAAUCGAAACUUCAAGAAGUUGGAGAUUGUCGCAGAUGAUAUAACCAGGAAUGGCAUGGUGGAGACAUAUACUACAUGGAUCCAUCAUGGUGAGUCGUUUGACAUUGGGAGUACUAGACAUCAGCCUAGGCAACCUACAGUUGCGCCUGAGACUGAGGGUUUAGAGGAUGACAUGACUGAUAUGUUAGGGGAUAUGUUGCGUGCUUCUUCUGGAAAUGCUCCUGUCAUUGAGGGGUCAACAACACCUAAUUAUUCUAAUCUAACAGACCUCAAUGAUAAAUUGGCUCGGCUAAUCCGUGAUGCCAAUUUGCCAUUAUACCCGGGAUGCAAAGACUUUUCUAGAUUAUCAUUUGUUAUGAAAUUGUUGAACAAUAAACUGGUAACCAACAGUACUGAUAAAGCCUUCAACAUGAAUCUGGACCUAGUCAAGAAAGCUUUACCUGUUGGUGAGACGCUUCCUUCUUCCUUCUAUGAAGUUAAGCGGUACAUGGAAGAUCUUGGGUUUGGUUACACCACUAUAGAUGCAUGUCCAUAUCAUUGUGUACUCUAUAGAGGUCCUCUAGAAUCUGCCAAGUCAUGUCCCAAAUGCAAUGAGUCUAGAUACAUACCUGGGAAACAAAAUAAUGUAGCCCAAAAGAAAGCUAGGUAUUUCCCACUAAAAGAUAGGCUGCAAAGAUUGUACAUGACUAAGGAGGAUGCUAAAGACAUGAGGUGGCACAAGGACUUGCGUGUCGAUGAUGAUACGUUAAGGCAUCCGGCAGAUGGAAAAACUUGGAAACGAUUCGAUGAGGAACAUAGUUGGUUUUCAGCAGACCCUAGGAAUGUUCGCCUUGCUCUUCUAAGUGAUGGGUUCAAUCCUUUUGGGAACAUGAGCAAUAGCUAUAGCAUGUGGCCUGUCGUGUUAACACCGUACAAUCUCCCGCCUUGGAAAUGUAUGACAGAACCUUAUUUUAUUCUUGCUGUCCUUAUACUUGGAGAGAAAUCGCCCGGUAAUAACAUACAUGUGUACUUAGAGCCCCUAAUAGAAAUUUUGAGAGAGUUAUGGGAGGAUGGGGUCAGUACGUAUGACGCACACUCAAACGAAACAUUUCGUUUACAUGCUGCGUUGUUAUGGACAAUAAACGAUUUCCCCGCGUAUGGAAUGCUAUCGGGCUGGAGUACGAAGGGGAGAUUAGCCUGUCCUGUAUGUAAUAGUGAGACAUGCUAUGAACGUUUGGAUUUUAGUCAUAAAGAGUGUUACAUGGGGCAUCGAAGAUGCCUGGCCGUGUGAAGCCUCGCAGAAUUCAACACGGCCAAAGUGGUCUUUGGCACGGCCGUGUGGAUUCUUCUUGUGCCCGUGUUAGUGCUCGCACAAUCCCACACGGCCAAAUUGGUCACUGGCACGGCCGUGUGGUUCUUGUGCCUGCCCGUGUGGCUUCAUUUGUGACUUGCCUCGCGCCCGAUCUUCGUCCAAUCGACCCCGAACUCGCUCCUAAACCUUCAUUCACUUGCUAGGACCUGAAAUAUCACAAACAAACACAACCUAGCGUGAAAUCGGCCUAAAACACGAGAAUCAACACCUCAAACGGCUCCAGAAUAGGGGUAAAAACAUGUGCAAUUAACGGCUUAUCAAACUCCCCCACACUUAACCGUUUGCUUGUCCCCAAGCAAACCAAGUCAGACACAAGGUAAGCUCACAUAUUUCAAUCAUACCAACAUUGGGGACAAAUCAUAUAGGCACAGAACACGUGAAUCAUACUGGUUUUCAAACAUCAACACAUGAACAACCUUAAUAGCAACCUGGACAACCACCACAGAAGACAUUCGAGUGCAGCAAAAUCGAGUAAAGGAGGAGUCUCCCUUCUGUUCAUCAACCAACCUAGACUUGACUCAACCACUUACUCAAGAUAGUCAACUCAUGCACAAAACUCAAGAUAUCAGAAUCAAGACCGAGCCAUCUAGGUCCUCACCGGGUAAAGAGUGUAAAGAACAAUGAAAUGAAUCGCUCACUCUCGACCAGUGGGGUCAGGACAAUUUGAUGCGAAAAAUGCGCAUACUUAUUCUCUCAAUUCCUAACAUCUCUUCACCAUGACGGCAGCCUCUAAAUGUUAGAGUUCACAUAAAUGGUUGUCAUCACUAACUAAUCAGGAGGUCUUAGACACAGGUUCAAAUGACUGGCUAGGGUCUUGGACAUGGGGAAAAGGCCUUUUAGGUGGUGGAAGUAUUCAAAGCACAAGGUUCCACAAUUCCAAACCCAACAAACUCACAGUCAAUCAAACCACUAAUUUCUUUCUGCUAUUCUGCAUUACUCAAAUUCAGAGCACAAGAGCGAAGGAGGUCACAAAAAUACCAGUAUUUCUAAGCCAGACUGCUAAGAAACACUACUUAAUGGG